UUAACCUAAGAAAGCAAAGAGGCACAGAAAACUUCUCACACAUUGCUGGGAUGGCUUGCAUUGUCAACAAUGGUUUGGAACUGCAUUCUGAGCACUCGGAGGACAGUGAAACAAGUUCCGAUACAGAUGAUGACUUUGAGACAGUUGAGAUGCACGUUAUGGACAACAAUAAGACUGAGCUGACAAGUGCUUUCACCAGGAAUAAGUGGUCUGCUGCCACUCAAAAGGUGUUAUCAUCCAUGCCAAGUCGCUCAGUGGGAUGGAGUGCAGCUGUCCUCUCGCAGCGGGAUCACUCUUCUGUGAGAGAUAGUUCCCAGGUCCCCGGAACCAGCAACAGAGACUAUGACAUGGAAUCUCAUGAAGGCCUUAUUCACGAGGUGCCCCGAAUGAGGCAUCUGCUGAGGACCCUACAGACUCUGCCUCUUGAUGAGUGUGUGCGUAAGCUGCGUAUGAUGCCCAUGAGUCUGACUGAGAAAAGUGAACUCAGAGCACUGCUGUGUCGUGAGAGAAAGGGUCAAAUUCUUUCAGUGGAAACUUCAAGAAAUAGUCACUUUCAAGUACGCCUUAGAAAGAGCCUUCGUGGCGCUCGACAGGGUGUUCAUUCCCUGCUGACCUCUGUGCAGCUUUGGCAUGGGACGUUGAAGAAGGUUAGCGGGCGUUUUGGAACUGGAGCACUCUCUUAUUUCCUCUUCCUCAGGACUCUACUGCUGUAUAACAUCUUCCUCUCUCUGAUCAUCAACGUUUUCCUGGUCCUGCCUGAAGUAAUCCAUCACCCACAUCACAGUGCUAACAAGAAGAUUUUCAUGGGCCUCAACAUUUUUACUGGCACAGGCAUCCUUACUGACUCUUCAAUGUUUUAUGGCUAUUACAACUAUACAGAGGAAAAUAACUGCAGCUCUGGCAACAAAACUAAGCCUUACAAUUCAUACAACAUACGCCUGGCAUAUUUACUAACUAUUGGGACAGGUCUGUUUGCCACCUGCAUAAUGCUUGUCUACAGUGUGUUUAGGACAUUAGGGGGGAGUUUUCACAUGUAUAAAUCUCAUGGCAACUUGGCUUUGAAGGUCUUCAGCUGUUGGGAUUUCAAACUUAGCAAAAUGACAUCUGUUCGAAUGCAGUCAGAGAACCUCUGCACACAACUAAAGGAGAUGCUUUAUGAGCUUCACUCUGGAAAUCCAAAAGGGAAACUGAAAACCAGGCUGAUCUGGAUGGCUCUUUGUUUCACCGCAUGGGGUAUUUCUCUGACCUGCAUUUUCUGCUGUGUGUUGACUGUCUACGUCUUCUCUGAAGACAGAGAAAAUGUCAGUAAUAUAGGGUCAGAUGAGAAUUUGCUGGCACUGCCGCUACUAGUAUGUGGUCUAAAUCAUCUGAUGCCUAGUGUUUUCAAUAUGGUGGCAUGGAUGGAGAGCUAUGAUUCACUUAGCCUUUGCAUUUAUGUUUCCAUCAUAAGGAAUUUGUUUUUGAAAGUAAGUACUCUUGCUGUUCUUUGUUAUCGAUGGAUGGGCAGUACUGCAACUCCAAAAAAUGGAACAAAGCUUGAGUGCUGGGAGACGUUUGUUGGUCAGGAUCUUUAUCGUUUCCUAUUGAUGGAUCUAAUAUUUGGUGUGCUGCACACCAUUUUUGGAGAUUUUCUUUGGAGGGUUUUCACCCAGGGAGUAUUAAGAAGAAAGAGAAAGCCCGCAUUUGAUAUUGCGCGAAAUGUUUUGGAACUCAUUUACGGCCAGACACUUGCUUGGUUUGGGGUUCUAUUUUCCCCACUGUUGCCCACAUUUCAGAUUGUGAAACUGAUACUUUUGUUUUACUUAAAAAGGGCUAGUCUGAUGAUGAACUGCCAAGCACCCAGGAAGGCAUGGAGAGCCACACAGAUGACAACUCUCUUCAUCUCACUUCUCUGUUUCCCCUCAUUCCUUGGAGCCGCUGCAGGCAUCACAUACACAAUGUGGAGACUUGAGCCAUCAUCUACCUGUGGGCCCUUCAGGAUGCUCUCCAGUAUGUUUCAGGCAGGGAGGGAGUGGAGGUGCCUAACGACAUUCAACCCCAGCCUGACCUGGCUCAGCUGGGCAUACACAGUGUUAGAGAACCCCCUCUUUCUCUUCACCAUUGCAGGAGUUUUCCUACUUCUUAUUUACAUUCACAUUCAGGUUGGAGAUGGUCAGAGAAGAAUAAUGGCCUUGUUGCAGAAGCAAAUUGAAAAUGAGGUCGAAGAUAAGAAGUUUCUCAUAAAUAAGCUGCAAGUGCUCCAUGAGCAACAAGGACUUUAAAUAUCUGUUCCUGAUUUAAUAUUUGCUCUUGAGUAAUGAAGUGGGUUAAGCUCCUAAAAUGACAAGUUAAAUUAAUAAAUAAAUAUAUUUUAAUUUACAUCUGAAUGGGUUCCUCUAUGUUGGUUACGCAGCUGCGAAACAAAAUCAUCCAGUUUGAUUGGUUGUAGUCUGUAUCCCAAGGAAUUCUGCGUGAGACUGCUGCUGAAUUUGUUGAUGCAGGUCCCACUAAAGCCGCACCAAGUGUGCAUAGAGGGAGCUCGUUGGCACCUCUUUGCACAACAAAAUAAGAAAGGAGACACCCUAUAGCUUUGUGGUCCUUAUGGGCAUGUGCAAUUCAGCACCACAAUGUACCACUAGGCACUGGUAUUGUGCUAAAUAUAUAGCCUGCAGUUCAGUGUUUUGGUGACAUUCUAAUAUGCUGUUUCAUAUUAUCAUUAACAAUGUUAAUGACAAUGUCUGUGUUAAUACGUCAUUAAUUUGUGGUUUUCUUACAUUCUACCUUUAUAAUUCACACUUUCCACUUGUAAUUUAAUGGUGUAGCAUGUCAAGUGACAUAUUACAUAAUGUCACACGUUUACCCUGAUAACUAGAGAAUAGUAGGCCACUGUUGGCCCACUGAUAGCAAAGCUGGUGGUACACUGGUGUUUUGGUCAGCAUUUUACCAGCAGCCCACUGGUGGUUAAGCAGUAUUAAACAAAAUUCCUCUUA